GCUUCUAUGAAAUGUAACUUUUUGUCUAGAAUAAAGCUGCUAAUAGAAGGAUUACCUGAACUGCAGAGUCUUCUUGGGAACUUGCGAUGGCUGCCUCCAGCAAGCCUCGAGUUCUCAUCAUCGGGUGCACUGGCUACAUCGGGAGGUUCAUUACAAACGCCAGCAUUCGUCUCGGCUAUCCGACUUAUCUGCUUGUCCGCCCAGAGGUUGCAAGUGAUGUGGACAAGGCUGCCAUGGUAAUUGGCUUCAAGAGCGCCGGAGCAACACUCGUCGAGGGAUCUGUGACUGACGAAAAGAAGCUCGUGGAGGCUUUAAAGCUGGUCGAUAUUGUCAUUUGCAGCAUAGCAGAAAAGAAUUUGAAUGACCAAGUGAAGCUCAUUCAGGCUAUCAAGCAAGUUGGGACAAUCAAGAGGUUCUUACCUUCGGAGUUUGGAAUGGAUCCCGGGCUCAUGGAUCACGCAAUCGCUCCGGGGAACAAAGUUUUCAUGGACAAGAUGAAAAUUCGGAGGGCCAUCGAAGCGGCACAAAUCCCACACACGUACGUCUCCGCGAAUUGCUUCGCUGGUUACUUCCUCUCUGGCAUCGCACAGUUCGGCCGCUUCUUUCCUCCUCGAGACACAGCUGUCGUCUACGGUGAGGGAAAUGCGAAAGUGAUUUGGGUGGACGAGAACGACGUCGGGACUUUUGUGCUCAAAGCCGCCGAGGAUCCGCGGACUCUAAACACGUCUGUGUACAUCCGGCCACCGAAGAACAUACUCUCCUUGAACGAAGUCCUCCAGCUGUGGGAGAAGAAGAUCGGCAAAACGCUCGAGAAGCACACCUUGCUUGAAGAGGAGUUCAUGAGCAUGAUAAGCAACGAGAAGGCUUCUUUGCCGGAGAGAGCGGCCCUUGCACACUUCUAUCAGAUAUUUUACCGAGGGGACCUGAUGUUUGAGAUAGGCCCGGACGGGCGAGACACGGGAGAGCUCUACCCCGACGUAAGCUACACGACUGUGGACGCCUACCUUGAUCGUUACUUGUGAACGUAUUACUUGCUUUAGAAUAGUUCCUUGGUUGACUUAUUUGUAGCGCCUACUUUUUCAGCUCCAGCAACUCUACGCUCAUGUCAAAUGUGGCUUUUGGCUGCAACCAAAGUCAGUGUCUUCUAGAGAUCUCGAGAAAAGCUUACAGGAAUUUCGUUCAUCCCUCUAUCUCCAUAGCCGACAUCAGGGGUGACGAUCACAGUUCUCUGCCAGUGAGGCGAAGAUGAGCAAAGAAAAAUAAACAAAUUUUCUCUACCUUG